AUGGUUCUUUUCUCUAAAAGUUUUGGCCAGUUGUGGUGGCUCGCGUUGCCCAGCGCUUGCAACCUGAGUGUCCUUUUCCAGAGCUGUCAGUCAGCGGCCGACCCCGGGAAGGCCACGGAGAGGAGCCGCGCCUCUCGACUCCGCGGGGCUCGCGUGGAGGAGGAGGAGAGACGUCCCUCCGGACAACCACAGUCGUCCGCCGUCGACACGCCCCACGACGUCGCCCCUGCGCCGACGUUUCUGAUUUCCUGUAACCUCUUCUUGCCUCGCGCUGCCCAGGUCUUGGCGGCUGAGGCUGGCCUGCCUCCCCGUCGUUCCUUCAUGGGCUUCGCUGCCCCCUUCACCAACAAGCGGAAGGCUUACUCGGAGCGUAGGAUCAUGGGGUACUCCAUGCAGGAGAUGUAUGAGGUGGUGUCCAAUGUCCAGGAGUACCGAGAGUUUGUGCCGUGGUGUAAGAAGUCACUGGUGGUGUCCAGCCGUAAGGGUCAUCUGAAAGCCCAGUUGGAGGUUGGGUUUCCGCCUGUGUUGGAACGUUAUACCUCUGCGGUCUCCAUGGUCAAACCACACAUGGUCAAGGCCGUGUGCACGGACGGCAAGCUCUUUAACCACUUGGAGACUAUCUGGCGAUUCAGCCCUGGUCUUCCUGCCUACCCUCGAACCUGCACUGUGGACUUCUCGAUUUCCUUUGAAUUUCGAUCCCUGCUGCACUCCCAGUUGGCGACCAUGUUUUUUGAUGAGGUCGUCAAGCAGAAUGUUGCUGCCUUUGAGCGCCGGGCAGCCACUAAGUUUGGCCCAGAAACAGCCAUCCCCCGUGAACUCAUGUUCCACGAAGUGCACCAGACCUGAGACAAAGGACUGCUCUCUUGCCUCCACCCCUCUUCCCACCAAACUUUUAUUUAUUCGGCUUGGCUCUUGCUCAGAGAGAGGUCUAAGUUUCGCCUCUCAAUUCUUCCCAAACCGGGCUGCAUGCUGGGUGGACAUGUGGGAAAAGAUAACAGAUGUGGAAGUGAGACACACAGAAAGGGUCAGGAGCGUUCUGAAAGCCUCAUACACCCACAGCCGUUCCACACCGAAUAAAAACCAGGGCUGAGGUCUCUGGGCCAGGUCAAGCGAAUAUAGCAGUAACUUCCUCACAGAGGUACUGGCUGGCAACUAACUCCUACCCUGCUAAGAUUUCUCAGGGGAGAAGGCAACCUGCCUCAGCUCAGGAGCGCAACCAUGCUGUGUGACAGUGGAGGGGAGCUGCUGCACCGUCCAUCAUGCCACAGAGCAGAGGAGGAGGAAUCCCGUGCGUGACAGUGUGGCCUAUACUAUUGGGAUGUACCUUUUCUUCCACGCGGCCUGAGUUUUUAUAAAACUUCAAUAAAUUAUGACAGUGUGAAUUC